AUGGCGACGUUUCACCCGGGAGAUUCGGUUCGCGCACUGGGACCGCGGCGUCCCGCUCCCGCGCUUCGACGCGGUCGCGACGAACGACGACGGCGAAGAGGAAGAGGAACUCCCGGACGCGAACGCGUGCUUGCUUCACCAGAAGCUGCAGCUUCUGAACCUGUGCAUUCAUCGCCGAGUCCGAGCGUCGAAAGCGGCGUUCGAGGCGUCCGCGGUCGCGAACGUCGAGCCGGUCCCGAGGCUCGCGCCGUCCGGGCUCGCCGGCGCCGUCAGCGCGGCGUUCGCGCCGCCGUCGGCGACGGACGGAUGGGGGGACGACGACGACGAUUGGAACGACGCGGACGAUUGGAACGACGCGACGCGCCCGAUCGACGCCGCCGCGGCGGUCGACGACGGGUUGGACCUGACCGACUUGCUCGGCGUCGGCGACGAGAUCAAGGCGAAGUCGAAACCGAAACCGAAACCGAAACCGGAGCGGCGGCGGCGGCGGCGGCGAAGUCGACGACGAAGAACGUCGAAGCCCCGUCCGCCGCCGCCGCCGUCAAACCCGAGGGCGUCAAGCGCGCUUCCCCGACCGGCGCGCGUCUCCUCUCGCCGCCGCACGACGUCGUGAACGAGCCCAUCACGCAGCCGCCGUUCGUCGCGACCGAGGACGCGAUGCGCGAGCGCGAGGCUGCGUUCGCGGCCAUGGGCGACACCGAGGAAGGGCGGAGGCUGCGAUUGAAGACGCAGAGCGGGGUGCUCGUGUCUGACAUGUCCGCGUUCAAGGCGGCGAACCCGGGCGCGGUGCUCGGCGAUUUCGUGCGCUGGCACUCGCCGAAGGACUGGAUCGAGGAGGAGGAGGAUGGCGACGAUCGCGACGGCGGUUCCACGGCGGCGAAACCCAAACCCAAACCGCCGAGAGGUAUGCUCUCCGAGCGCAUGAGGGACGAGACCAACGCGUGGCACGCGCACUGGCGAGACGCGCCGUCCGCGCCCGCGCGCGCGCAGAAGCUCCUGUUCGACCCGAUGAGCGAGGGCGAAAAGGCGCUGCAUUACCUCGACACGUCGCCGCCGGCGGAGAUCUUCGCGCAGCUCCUCGCGUGCGCGUGCGCGUCCAUCGGCGCGACGUACGCCGCCGCGCGCCCGGGGGCGACGCUCGCGCCGGCGCCGGCGUUUUUGCGCGACGCCGCCGACUGCGCGGCGGCGACGUUUUCCCGGGGGACGGGGACGGGGACGGGGGACGCCGCCCGACCGCGGGAACACCCCCGCGACUACGCGACGCUCGCGGGGAUGCUACAGAGGGCGGAGCGCGCGGUCGCGAGGGCGCACGCGCUCGCGCAUCGGCUGCCGGGGGUGUCGGACGAGGUGCUCGAGCGGACGCUGCUCGCGGCGGCGGAGGACGAAGCCGCGAGGGACGCGGCGGCGGCGGCGGCGGCGGAGCGCGCGGAAGAUGGAACGUCAUCCGUCGCGCCGCGCGCGCCGCCGCGCGUCAUCGAGAAGUGUAUUGAAACGCACGAACGCGACGCGUUUCUGGAUUUAAUGCCCGCCGGGAGCGCCGCCGCCGCGCACGAGGCGGCGACGCAGACCGAACUGGUCCUUCGUUGCGGCGGCGACGGACGCGAGCGCUCGCGAAUGCACGCGGUCGCGUCGCCGUGUUACAUUCGCGUGUCGUCCGCGAUCGCGUGUGGUGGGGAGGAGGGAUCGGGAUCUCCGACGACGACGACGA